AUGGACGAGCGACGGAAGAGGAGGCUGACGUUCUGCAGCAUAGGACUGAUCUUCCUGCUGAGCGGUGUGGAGUACGCUGUGAUCCUGCCCACAAUAUGGAGGUACCUGCAGACUCUAGAUGCGCCGCCUUACUUCCUGGGUCUGGCCCUGUCGGCAUUCAGCCUGAGUGGCCUCCUGUCGGGGCCUCUGUUCGGCCACUGGUCCGACAGAACACAAGCCACCAAGAAGAUCAUCUUGUUCGCCAACCUCUUUGAGAUAAUCGGUAAUUUCAUGUACUUCAUGGGCUACUCCAAGUGGCUCUUACUGGCAAGCAGAUUGGUAGCAGGCAUCGGAUCAGGUGCUGGCUCAUCUAUCUUCGGCUUCCUGACCAGGAGCACGGCUCCAGACGACCGGGCCACAGUAUUUGCUGCUGUGAUGGCGUGUCGACAGGCCGGCCUUCUGAUUGGUCCAGCAUUUAACAUCUUCCUGAGGCUGUGUGAUUUCCAACUGGGACCUUUUGUAGUUAAUAAAUAUACGGCACCUGGGCUGUUCAUGUGCUUGAUGUGGAUCCUCCUUCAGCUGGUGGUGGUCUUCAUGUACUCUGACCUGCCACCUCUGGAGAGAAAGAAAGUACAGGAAGGUUCCACAGCCAUCAAGAGCGGGGACCAGGAGGGCGAGCCAGGGCUCCUGGAAGACGAGGAAGAGGACGACGAUGAGGAGAAGCCCUUAAUGACGUCCCAGGAGCUGGUGGGGACCUACGGCUCAGUGGUGCCUCCCAACCACAGGAGAAACAACAUCCCUGUUGCCUCUAACUCCACGCUGAGUCACGUCUCCCCUCCUCCCUCACCCCCGCCAUCAGAGACCCGAGAGUCCUCCAGCCCCAUCAAGGAAUUCAGCAUCUCUCGAGAGUUCCUGAGAGAAGAGGUGGUUGUGCUGUUGGCUGCUCAGUUCAUCACCCUCUUCAAUCAGACAGCGCUGGAGACGAUGGUGACUCCACUGACUCAGAAGUACUUUGGCUACGGGGAGCUGGAGAACAGCGUGAUGUACUGUCUCUGUGGCGUGGAGGUGAUCGCUGGCUUCUUCUUCGUGCGCUGGCUGAGCCGGCGAGUUGGGGAGCGGGUGGUCCUGGCUGUGGGUUUGGCCAUCUGCAACAUCUCUGGGGUCUGGUGCCUCAUCUUCCUGGCGACCCCACUAGGGGGUUAUCCUUGGCCGCUGACUGAGUUCAUCAUCGGGGUGUUUCUGCAGGUUCUGGGUUUGCCGUUCGUGGCUGUGGCCCAGGUUUCCCUCUUCUCCAAAAUCACCUGUGAGAAAACACAAGGUUUCUGUCAGGGAGUGCGUCGCUCAGUGGGAGGUCUAGCCACCAUCCUGGGCCCUCUGUGGGCUGGGGGCCUCAUCGAGAACAUUUAUAUCAUGUUGGGGGUGAUGAUGGGACUGCUGGUGCUGCUGACGAUUAUGCUGGCGUUCUCAUUCGAGCGUAUGGUUGAACCUGCUGCUGAGGAGGAACCUGACGGCCCAGACGGCCGUGCUUAAUCCAACAGGAACAAUCAACACGGAAGGUAUCUGUUUUCAAAAUGAUAACAGAUGCAGUGCUCAAGGACUUGAUAUCACAUUCGUAAAAAUCUAUUAUAUUUGUUUUUCAUAAAUGUAAAAUAUAUGAAUUUGUACGAGACGGGUAAAUACCACUAGUAUUAUAUCCUGUCUUCCUGCAUCUUACCUUGUAUUUUCUUGGCACACACUCAACAGCACUUGUCACCACCUUAGACUUUGUGUGUGGAGGCAGAUGAAAGUACUGUUUUAUAUUUAUAUACAUUUAUAUAUUUCCCAUGGAAAUAUAGCUUCUCAGUAGCACCACAUGUGCAAGCCUCAGCAGUCCCUUAGGAUUCU